CAUUGUCAACCGCCGGUGUAUCUCUCUGAUUAAGGUCGGAAAACUUAAGGUUUGGACUAGUAUAAACGCUAAUCAUUUGCUAAAAUUGAAUACUCUGUACUUUAAUGCAUUGAAUCUGAGCUCAUUAAAAUUGUGAAUAACCCGGCAUCUGUGGAUAUUUUAUUUUUAUGGAAUGCGGUUUGCGAAGGUUACUUAUUAAGACACCAUCACCAAAGUUAAGCUUGCCUAUUUGUCUUCCGGGCGACAAAACUAUCAGCUACCGGAAUUAAAAGUCUGUCAAAAAGCGAAAAUUGAUGCAUCUGUUUAUAUCAUGGAAAUCAUUUCGACACCCGGCAUGAAAGCUUUUAUGACAGUCAGAGGGGAGAAAAUCACUUUACUGCGGUGUUUCUCUCGCAAAUGAUUUAAGUAAUUUGAAAUUAUUCAGGAAUUAUUCCAUCUAAAUUGGUCGUAACUAAAAAACGAGCGGUACGGACUCCCUAAAGUGUCGUGUAAGAUCGAUCUGCCUCGUUUUGUUCCGUAAAACACAUUACUACAGAUUCCCAGCCUUUAACCAAUGGACAUGUGUUAAUUGUUCAGCAAAUACCUGACUUUUGGUGUUAAUAACACUGCAGUCUUCAUUAUGGCAGUGCGAUGCAGUAAAGUCAAAAGACAGUUUAUACUACUUAUCGGACUGUUUCUGGUAUUGACAGUAAGUCUUCAGAUAGUGCCUUCGUAUUACGACGCACAGAAAAACACUCUCACGGCUAUGAAGUUCCCACAGUUUGGAAGCCGCUUACUAAGCAAUAAGUCAUUUACCGUUGUCAAGCGUUUAAAAGAUCCUGUCUCGCUCUGGAAAUUUCAUCCGUCAGACGACAGGAUUUUAUUGCAAGCUAAGUUUAAUCCUAAGAUUGACUUAAGUCUUUCUCCCAAGAGGAUUCUUCUGGAACAGGGACUGGCGGGUUGGAACGUAAAUGGCGGAAAACAAGCGUUUGUUGAACAUGAUUGCCCUGUUAAGCACUGUGAACUGCAUGGUCAUCCGAAUGGAGAAGUGUUUGACGCUAGAAUAUUUAAGGAAAUAGAGUUGAACAGCCAAUUGCUCGGAGGCGCGCAAGCAGAAGUGCCCCGUCAUUCGGAUCAGGUUUGGAUCAUGUUUGCGCUGGAAAGUCCGGAAGCGUCGCCUUCUUACGAGGGUCUGAAUGACGUCAUUAACUGGACAGCCACGUAUCGCUACGACUCUACGAUGGUGACUCCGUACGAUAAAUAUCAAGUUUACGAUAAUUUUACUCAGAUAUCUGAUUAUAAGUCGGAUAAAAAUUACGCUGAGGGAAAGACUAAACUAGCAGCAAUAUUUGUGUCCAACUGUUUUGCGUCAAACGCAAGAUUGGAAUAUGCGAAGGAGCUACAGCACUACAUGGAUUUGGACUUUUAUGGCUCCUGCGGUAACUUGAGAUGUGAUAAGGGGGAAGGCAAUAACUGCUUUGAAAAUCUACAGAAGGAAUACAAGUUUUAUUUGUCUUUUGAAAAUGCAAAUUGUCGUGAUUACAUUACCGAGAAGCUCUUCCUUAAUGCAUUAAGGCAUGACGUUGUUCCGGUCGUGAUGGGUGCGCAUCCAGACGACUACAAGCGCGUGGCCCCACCUGGAUCCUUUAUCCACGUGGAGGAAUUCCCGCAUGCACAGGCGCUUGCCGGGUAUCUCAAGCGUCUGAAUGAGCAAGACGAUGAAUACAAUGACUAUUUCCGGUGGAAAAGUACCGGACAGUUUGUUGAUACAAAAUAUUGGUGUAGAAUUUGUUCAUUAUUAUGGGAUACCAACCUCCCUCACCAAUCAAUCCACGACUUAGAACAAUGGUGGCGGGGUGACAAUAUAUGUAUCGGCAAACGACGCUGGGAUGAGAUAUCAAACAGCAGUAGCUUACAUGUGCGAUAAUGAUUACUAGAGAGGGUGCAAAAUACGGCCCAUUAGUAUUGAAUCUGUAGUUGAUAUUAAAUCUAGUUUGCGAAAUUUCUCUUUAAACAUGGACUUGUUGCGAAAUUUCUAUUUAAACAUGGGCUUAUUGCGAAAUUUCUCUUUAAACAUUUGUUUCGUUCUUUCGUAGAUGUAAUUAGUAGUGUGUACAAUGUACACAUAUCUGCAUGGCGUAGUGCACACAGAGUUUACACCUAUCCGUACCCGUGCAAGUAGUGUUUUGGCACCUCUCUAUGGUUUAAUUACUAACAGUGGCAUACAUUAAGAAUGUCAAUUACUAUUUAGUUUCAAACAAACUUCUUUGUUUUAAAUUUGAGCUGAAAGCUUUUAAAUGCAUGUCCUUAUCACGCGUUUUAAGCGAAUCCAUGGGUUUGAGGAGCACCCCGCCACAGCUCCUCCCUGCCCAAACCCCUCCGCCAAACCAACCCCACCCCUUAUCCCCUCAUUAGUCCAAGUGAAUUGUUCGCGUCAAUUAGGUAUAAAUUUAUUAACAAUAUGUUACAAGAAAAAGUGUUACUUUAGUUUAACCUCAAACGCCCAUGCUACAUUUGUGGACGUUAUACUUUGGUUUCUAGGGAAGAGGUCUACUAAGAUGCGGCCUCAAAGUUCAUCCCCUUUGACGUUUAAUCCUCGAUCCGAAAUUGUAUCAGUUUUAUCAUAGUCAUCCUCAACAGAAACGCUCUAUCUCAGUUGAAAUAAUUCUGUUCUUUAGACAAUUAAACAGGAAGUUUUAAGACGCCACAAAUAGUAAAAAAAUAAAAAUGAAUGCAACGCAGAUUGAUAAUACAUGGGAGUAUAACUAAUAAGUUAAGAACAAAGUGGUUAAAGCAUUUUCUCUAAUAGGUAUCGAGGGGUUUAUUGAAACAUAUCCAUAUGGCAUGUUUAAACGCAAAUUUUAACGCAUGUUAAACCAUAACGAUUACAUGUAAGCUCUCUCUCUCUCUCUCUCUCUCUCUCUCUCUCACUCUCUCUCUCUCAUAAACUGCUUUGACAAACAAUGUUUCAUUAUUUAUUAAAUACGUAUGCUAAA